UCCAUUCAAGCCAACAAGUUUGGAGAGAAUGUUGAGUUCAAUCAAUUCAGAACGUCGAGAUGGAGCCCAAUUCAGUUCAGUGGGUCGGCUCUCCGUGUGGCUUACACGGACCUUACAUUUUCUACAAGGCUUUUCAAUUCCACCUUGAAGGCAGACCAAGAAUUUUGUCCCUUGGCGAUUUUUUCUUUGUAAGAUGUAAGCCAGAAGAUCCGAUUUGCAUAGCGGAGCUACAACUGCUGUGGGAAGAAAAGACUUCUAGGCAACUUUUAUCCAGCUCCAAACUUUAUUUUCUACCAGAAGAUACUCCCCAAGGCAGAAAUUGUGACCAUGGCGAGGAUGAAGUUAUUGCUGCUUCAGAGAAGGUAACAGUGAAGCUUGAAGACUUGGCAAAAUGGGCCCAGGCAGACUUCUCAAAAUGGAAACGUGGCCUCCGGGGUGAAGCCAUCAGACCCACAGAUCUGGGAAAGAAUGGGCAGAAGGAAGCACUGAGUAGGUUCAGGCAAUCCACACAUAACAGCGGGCUCAACUUUAAAGACAUUUUGAAGGAAAAGGCCGACCUUGGUGAAGAUGAUGAAGAUUCAAAUGUACUGAUCCUCAGCUAUCCACAAUACUGUCGCUAUCGUUCCAUGCUGAAACGCAUUCAGGGCAAACCGUCCUCUGUACAAGCAGACCAGUUUGUAUUAGCCCUUGGGGGCAUUGCUGUUAUCAGCAAAAACCCACAAAUCCUUUACUGUCGAGAUACGUUUGAUCACCCUACUCUUAUUGAAAAUGAGAGCAUUUGUGAUGAGUUUGCGCCAAAUCUUAAAGGCAGACCACGCAAAAAGAAGCCAUGCCCACAAAGAAGAGAUUCACUCAAUGGCAUUAAAGAUUCCAAUAAUAAUUGUGAAGGCAAAGCACUUGCCAAGGUAAAAUGUGAGGCUAAAUUGCCUUUGUCCAAAACCAAAAAUCACAACAACUGUAAAAAGGGCUCCAGUGAAAAUAAAUCAAAAGUUUCUGUAGGUGACGAAUGCAGAGAAGAUGAACAGGCAUUCCUUGUGGCACUUUAUAAAUAUAUGAAAGAAAGAAAAACACCAAUUGAACGAAUACCCUACCUUGGUUUUAAGCAGAUUAACCUUUGGACUAUGUUUCAAGCUGCUCAAAAACUGGGAGGAUAUGAAACAAUAACAGCCCGUCGACAAUGGAAACAUAUUUAUGAUGAAUUAGGUGGUAACCCUGGAAGCACAAGUGCAGCCACAUGUACUCGUAGGCAUUAUGAAAGAUUAAUCCUGCCAUAUGAAAGAUUUAUUAAAGGAGAGGAAGAUAAGCCACUACCUCCUGUGAAGCCUCGAAAACAAGAUAAUGUCACCCAAGAGGGGGAAAGUAAGAUGAAAUUGUCUGGAACAAAACGCAUAAAAAAUGAAAACCAAAAGAGCAAGAAAGAAAAAGACAAUGCACAGAAACUCCAGGAUGCACCUGAGGUUUCAUCAGAACAAGAGAAGGAUCAAGAAUGUCCAGACCAGAAAAGCUUAUCUGAACUUACUGUGGCAGAGGAGAUGAAGUUGUCUGUAGAAGGGUCCCAGCUUUCCCAGUCAGACAUAACUGAGACGAAAUCUUUGGAAAAGACGGACUUCAAGGAAACCAGCUCAAGCAAUGAGGAAGUCAAGGAAGAGGAAAUGCCACCCAGUGUUUCUUUUUCAAGUGUUUUGGUGCCCCCGGAAGAGGAGGUUGUCUUGGAUCCUGCAGUCGGGAAACUACCCAGUCCAUCAGAAGGCCACGAUGAGCCAAAGCAGGAAGAAAGAGCACCUUGUUUUGCUGACAAUUUAGAAAGUGAUACCCAUGAAAUUCCAUUUAAUAGCUUCCCCACUAUCCAACUCCCACUGCCGAGUCAAAAUGAGAUGGAAGACGAUAAGCUCCCUGAGAUGGCGGACUACAUUGCCAACUGCACUGUUAAAGUGGAUCAGUUAGGAAAUGAGGACAUACACAAUGCACUGAAACAGAGUCCCAAAGUCCUUGUCGUACAGAAUUUUGACAUGUUCAAAGAGAAAGAACCACCGAGUUCCCUUAACGGUGACCCUAGUUUUGGUUACACACCACUACUCUACUCCAAAGGCAACCCGGGCAUCAUGUCACCUCUGGCAAAGAAGAAGCUCCUGUCGCAAGUCAGUGGGGCAACCCUCUCAUGUAGCUAUCCCUAUGGCUCACCCCCACCAUUGAUCAGCAAGAAGAAGUUAAGCAGCAAAGAAGACCUGUUGUCAAGCAUGCCACAGGCUUCUCAUGCCCCUGUGAUGGACACUGUGGCAGUCAGCAGGCCGUCGGUGAUCCAGCACGUACAGAGUUUUAAAUCCAAGAAUUCAGAUGAUAGAAAGCCCUCUCAUGAAACGUACAGGCAUGAGACGCUGCUAAAGAAAGCAGAUUUGGAAUGUUGUGAUUUUUCCAAGCAGCACCUGAGUACUCUGGCUGAAUCCUAUGCACUGAAGUCAGAAAUCCAGGACAUGAAAGAGAGGAUGAGUGAGAAAAGGGCCCUGCACCACUCCCACAUGCCCAGCUUCUUGGCAGACUUUUACUCAUCUCCUCACCUGCACAGCCUUUACAGGCAAACCGAACACCACCUUAAUAACGAGCAGGCAUCGAAGUACCUGCCGCGAGACAUGUACAGAGAUACAGAGAACAUUUCAAUGUACCCUCAGCACAAGCACCAAGACAAACGUAACUUAUCCUAUCACCCGCCUUUGCAUCAGCAAGAGAAAAAGAGCCCCAUGGAAGCCUCGUCCGACGAUCAGCCGACAGAUCUGAGUCUCCCGAAAAGUACACACAAACAGACUGCCAAAACGCUGGCAUCUUCCCUCUUGCAUGCUUCAGGCGGACAGCCGGAGAGCAAAAGCCUUUCCCAGUUCCAAGCCUUGAACGGCCCCUCUCUAAGCCUAGACUGUAAUCCCAAAGCUUGCCGUGUUUCUCCAAUGACCGUGGCGGCCCCCAAGAAGCAUGGCGAGCCUCUCGUAAGGUCCAGCAAGCAGCAGAGCCUGAGGAAGAUGGAAGGCAUGGUCCACCCCAUCCUAAGCCACAAAAGCAAUGCUCAGACCAUCGGGGCAGCUCGGCCUCUGAAGCGCAGCCUGGAGGAUUUGGACAAAGCCAUUUCAGAAAAGAAGAUCCGAGCUGUCUCGCCCCUCCGCUUACCAAAGGAAGCCCCUGUGAAAGACAAGAGUCUCGAGCAAGAGGUGGAGGGCAGCAAACCGGUGCCUGGCCUACCUCCCAGUGGCAUGCUGGAGGGCCACAAAUUCCCUCUCCCGAGCCCCAUCUUCACAAGCUUGUACCCAGGGACUUUGUGCAGCGGCCUGAGCAACCGCAUCCCAGCUGGGUACUCUCAUCCUCUGCAGUACUUGAAAAAUCAGACUGUGCUUUCUCCGCUAAUGCAGCCACUGGCUCUCCAUUCAUUCAUGGUGCAAAGACAAUUCCUUACUUCCCCUGGAAAUUCGCAGCAGCUUUACCGGCACUUAGCUGCAGCAACACCUGUAGGCAGUUCGUAUGGUGACCUUUUGCACAACAAUAUUUAUCCUUUGGCUGCUAUCAAUCCUCAGGCUGCUUUCCCACCUUCUCAGCUGUCUUCUGUACACCCAAGCACAAAACUGUAAACCCUCCCUUAACAAUGACAACAAACUACAUUCCUUUAGCCUGUGAUGUCUUGCAAAAUUUAAAACAAACAAAAAAUCAAUAUUUGUGUUAACCAAUAAGCAGUUUGUCCCGCAUUGUUGAAUGCUUCAGAUUUGAUUGAGAAAAGACUGUUGUUUAGUUGGGCUUUGUUUUUCACCUAUGGCUCCCACGUCUACUCCUUCCGUGGCCGUGUCAUCUUGCACGAGAGGGUUUGGAAAGGAUCCAUCUCUUGCUGAAAAGAAUUGUCAGAGCAGAUCAUGUGGUAGGUUAGGCAUUGUUCCUGGCCUUGGAGAAAAAUACCUGUUUCUUCCCCCACCCCAAGUAGUGCAAGGUUUGCAGAUGAUCUGUGGAUGUUGCUUCUUCAAGUACCAUUUUGCUUCCUGAGUUUUCAGAAUUCAAAUCAAUGCAAUGUAUAGUAAAACUGCAUCGAGUUUCACCUUAACACUAUCAAAACGGGGGGGGGGGAACCAGUUAAAUUAGACUGUACAUAUCAGCUUCAAAAACAAAACAAAAAUGACCAGUGUCAAGUUCACUUGUACAAUUUGUAUAAGCCCUUCUUUUCAACUUAUCCUACACUUUGUUUUGUUUUAAAUUAAACAGUCUCACUUUAUCUGCUACUUAUUUUAUUUUAUUUUUUUUGGUAAAAGAAAAAAAAGGCUUUGGCUAUUGAGGGCUUUUAAAAUGGUGUCUAGGUUGCCCCCUCCCCUUGUUUCCCUUCUGCUUAUGUCAUUGUUUACAAAGCAAAAGCAUCCAUUUCCAAUGAACCUUUCUAAUGGAUAGAAGCACUGGUAUAGCUUACUCCUAACAUCACUUCCUUCUCCAGCGACCUGGGGCUGAAAAGUACUGAGCCAUCUCCUUACCCAUCAGAACGGUUCUUUCAAUACAUUGCUGUUUUACUAGCCGCUGAGAUUUGCCUUUCCUGUAUCAUGGUCUGUGAAUUUGUUAAGAAUUGUACUUCACCUUAUCUAGGCUGUGAAACUGUCCCACAUACCAGAGAGGGAACAUACUGAGGGCUGCACUGGCAACAAGUUACUCAAUAACAUCGGAGUCUAGAAGAUCUUUCAUGUGGGCUGUGAAACUAUUUAGAGAAUGUCAGCCAUCAGAAGAGAAAGGUGGUGGUGGUGGCGGAACGUUUUAGUCUGAAUUCUGUGCUGCUGAAGGGGGAUCGGUCAGGAUGGAAGCCCUUCCUAAGAACGAGAUUAUGACAAGGAGCAGUGCAGAAUUUCGGAGGCCAUUCAAGGGGCGAGCUGAGCUGUGAGAACCACUUGUGCUCUCUGCUUGGUGGUUCCUUGCAGUCAGUCCUACAAAAUGCUGACCAUCCCAUCUCAUUCCUACAAAGUACUUUAAACAUGUGAUUUAGUAUUAAACAUAAUGGCAGCUUAAUCUACAAACCACUUCAAGCCAGGAAAUUAACUUUUGACUCUGUGGUCCCAUUCAACAAAAGUUCCAGGACAAUGGGACUUCUAAGCCUGAACGUCCAUCCUAUGGACUCUGAUGAGAGUGUUCCUGCUGGAAGCUCAAACUGAGAAUGUUAUUUUGCUGCAACAGGCUAGAGUGAUCAGAUAGUUGCAGGAUCAGGACCACGGUACAAAGGGUCAGCUACUGAUUUCUAAAGGGGAACCUAUUUGAACUGAGCAAAGGCUUUGAAGGGCCAAUCAAACAUGAGCACCUCAGCAUAUCCACGAUGCUUGCACAUGGCAAAGGGCACUUUUAGCGCGCACAUACACACACUGUGUGAACCACAAGAUUUAAGAUUCCUCAGUUUAUGGCCCUCAACUGGCUUCUCUAUCUUAUUUGCUUUUGUCUUGGCCUGUGCAUGAGCUCUUAAAGUGCAAAAAAGGAGAACUCUACAUUCUCUGUUUUUGAGCAUAUAGUGGGAGAAGAGUUCAAAGUAGGGGGUGGUAGAUCAAAGUAUUUCACACUCUGUGUCAGUUUUGCAUGUGUUCAUUCAUAGGCAAUUUCGAUCCAUUUCAGCAUUUAGCUGUGUUUUUUUUAAAAAAAAAUUCCACACAAAAAUGUAAAUACAUAUUUAAAUAUGUAUUUGGAACACAUUUUCUCAGAAAAUCCACAUUUCUAAACAUACUUUCUCCCAAAGUCGGCAUUUCUAAAAUCAUUUUAUUCUAAACUACGCAUUUUGAUGCAUUCUUUGAGCCAAGAACUGCAUCACAAAAUUGGGAGAAACGCAAGAUCCAGAGGAUAAUGAUCCACACCUUAAUCCAGGAGGGGUGGAUCAGGUCGGUUCAUAUUGGACUUUGCAGGGAAUGGAUUCCUCCGACCUGCCUAGUUCCAAGAGCCCUUUGCCUGUGUCCUUGAGUGAGCAGCCAGGGGCUUAAUAAGGGGAGGCCUUUGUUGAACCAUUUCUUCCUGUUCACAAUGCGGAGAAGAGUAUUAAGGAGUCUUUUUCUUGCGCCAACACAGUCAUGUAAAAGAAAGUGCCUGAGGUGCACAAGGGGGGGAAAGAGCCUUGGAAUCAGGAGCUGUACAGAAGGCCAAAGAGGAACAAAGCCCUUCUCCCCACCCCCAUUCCCUGGGACAGCCUCCCAUGCCAUAGGUUCAUUUCCUAUGGAAUGCUGGGAGUUGCAAGUCUAAAACUUCUGUAGAUCUAUUUUGCCCGCCCCUUGUUAUGAUGCGGCAGUACAGUGGGCAUUUCCCACUUGAGGGGUGGAUUUCACAUGAUGUGACCGUAGCUGACUCCGUUCAAGACAAAGAAGCAAUGGAAGCUUAGCCUGACUGGAAUCCACAGCAUAGCUUUAACGACACAGGGCCCAUUCGUGGAGGGCUUGUAGAUUCAGGGCUCUCUCAUUGAUUUGCUGAGUUCCCACCUCAAAGCAUCAAUGGCAGCCAAAUGUAUACAGGCCACCCCACCUCCUUGG